AAGUACUAUUUAAAAAAAAAAAAAAAAAACCCAAGAGACCUCAUACUUCCCUUUUUCACCUUUCAUUUUUUCCAGAAAAAAAAAAAAAAAAAAACGAAUUCCAUAGUCACUCGCUCUCAAGUUUGCUGCAUAAUUGCUUCAGUUGCUUGGCUGUGUAAUCAUGGCGAACGUUGCAUUGACAGGGAUACUUGAAAAGAUGACUGGUAAAGAUAAAGAUUACCGCUAUAUGGCUACUUCUGAUUUGUUAAAUGAAUUGAGCAAGGAGGGAUUUAAGGUUGAUUCUGAUUUGGAAAUUAAGUUGGCACUUACCAUUCUUCAGCAACUUGAUGAUUCGGCUGGGGAUGUUUCUGGACUAGCUGUGAAAUGUCUUGCUCCACUAGUGAAGAAGGUCAAUGAGGCAAGGGUACUAGAUAUGACGAACAAACUUUGUGAAAAGCUCCUGAAUGUUAAAGAACAACACAGAGAUGUUGCAAGCAUAGCUUUAAAGACGAUCGUUUCUGAAGUCAACAGUUCAUCAGCUGUUCAAGCUCUAAUUGAUUCUCUUGUACCUCAGUUAACAACUGGAAUAAUUGGCAGCGGAUCAAGUACAGAGAUCAAAUGUGAGUGUCUUGAUAUCUUGUGUGAUGUUCUUCAUAGAUAUGGGAACCUUGUGGUUGCCUAUCAUGAGGAGCUGCUUCGUGCACUGCUCUCUCAGUUGAAUUUUACUCAAGCCACAAUUAGAAAGAAGACAAUUUCUUGCAUAGCAUCACUUGCAUCAAGCUUGUCUGAUGAUUUAUUGACGAAGGCUACAGUUGAAGUUGUUGGACUUUUGAAACGCAAGGCUACAAAGCCUGAAAUGACGCGAACACACAUUCAAAUGGUUGGGGCUCUAAGUCGUGCUGUUGGAUAUCGUUUUGGGCCUCAUCUUCAGGAUACUGUUCCUCUGUUGAUCAAUUAUUGCAAAAGUGCAUCUGAGAAUGAUGAAGAGCUUCGAGAGUACAGUUUGCAGGCUCUUGAGAGUUUUCUACUUAGAUGUCCAAGGGAUAUUUCUGCUUAUUGUGACGAAAUUCUUCAUCUUACUCUGGAAUUUCUUAGUUAUGAUCCAAAUUUCACUGAUAACAUGGAGGAAGAUACUGAUGACGAAAAUAACGAGGAAGAUGAAGAUGAUGAAAGUGCCAAUGAAUAUACAGAUGACGAGGACGCUAGCUGGAAAGUGAGAAGAGCUGCAGCAAAAUGUCUAGCUGGACUCAUUGUUUCUCGGCCUGAGCUGCUCUCAAACCUAUAUGAAGAGGCUUGUCCAAAGCUUAUCGAAAGGUUUAAAGAAAGAGAAGAAAAUGUUAAGAUGGAUGUAUUUAAUACAUUCAUUGAGCUCUUGAGGCAGACUGGAAAUGUUACCGGAGGGCAGAUGGAUACAGACGAGAUGAGUCCUAGGUGGUUACUAAAGCAAGAAGUUCCGAAAAUUGUGAAAUCUAUAAAUAGGCUGCUGCGUGAAAAGUCUAUCAAAACUAAGGUUGGUGCCUUUUCUGUGCUUAAAGAACUUGUUGUUGUCUUGCCAGACUGCUUGGCCGACCAGAUUGGAUCUCUAAUUUCAGGAAUAGAGAAGGCCUUACUAGAAAACUCAUCUACAUCAAAUUUGAAAAUUGAGGCACUUGUAUUUACGAGAUUAGUUUUGGCUUCACAUUCACCUCUUGUUUUUCAUCCGCAUAUAAAGGCUCUUUCUGGUCCUGUACUAUCUUCGGUUGGUGAGCGAUACUACAAGGUCACUGCUGAGGCAUUGAGAGUUUGCGGAGAACUUGUCCGAGUUUUGCGUCCAAGUAUUGAGGUUUCUGGCUUUGACUUUAAACCAUUUGUUCAUCCUAUCUACAAUGCUAUCAUGACACGCUUGACGAAUCAAGAUCAAGACCAGGAAGUUAAGGAGUGUGCUAUCACUUGCAUGGGACUUGUUAUUUCAACAUUUGGUGAUAAUCUUACUGCGGAAUUACCAGCAUGUCUUCCUGUUCUUGUUGAUCGAAUGGGAAAUGAGAUAACCAGGCUUACUGCAGUAAAGGCUUUUGCUGUCAUUGCUGCUUCUCCACUUCGUAUCGAUCUGUCAUGUGUCUUGGAGAAUGUUAUUGUUGAGUUAACGGCGUUUCUACGGAAGGCCAAUCGAGCGCUUAGACAGGCCACUCUGGGGACACUGAACUCUCUAAUAGUUGCAUAUGGCGACAAAAUAACUUCUUCAGCUUAUGGAGUCAUUAUUGUUGAAUUAUCAACUCUCAUUAGUGAUUCAGACUUGCAUAUGACUGCUCUUGCUCUGGAGCUGUGCUGCACUUUAAUGACUGACAGAAGGUCAAACCCAAGUGUUGGCUUGACUGUGAGGGACAGAGUUCUUCCUCCUGCGUUGACAUUAGUCAAGAGCUCUUUGCUCCAGGGGCAAGCACUCACGGUAUUGCACUACAGAAUUUUUUUUGCUGGCUUGGUGUAUUCUGCAUAUACAAGUUUUGAGAAUUUGCUAGAUUCUCUGCUUUCAUGUGCUAAACCAUCUCCUCAGUCUGGUGGUGUCGCUAAACAAGCGAUGUUUUCAAUUGCUCAGUGUGUUGCUGUUCUUUGCCUUGCUGCGGGUGAUGACAGAUGCUCGUCUACAGUAGACAUGCUGACAAAUAUUCUCAAGGGUGACAGUACAAUCAAUUCAGCAAAGCAACACCUAGCCUUGCUCUGUUUGGGAGAGAUAGGAAGAAGGAAAGACCUGAGCGCACAUGCUCAUAUUGAGAAUAUUGUUAUCGAUUCUUUUCAAUCCCCUUUUGAAGAGAUUAAAUCUGCAGCCUCCUAUGCCCUUGGGAACAUUGCUGUUGGAAAUCUGUCCAAGUAUUUGCCUUUUAUUCUGGACCAGAUUGAUCAUCAGCAAAAGAAGCAGUAUCUGUUGCUGCAUUCAUUGAAAGAGGUUAUUGUUAGACAAUCAACAGAUAAAGCUGAGUUUCAAGCCACUAGUGUUGAUAAGAUUCUAAACCUGUUGUUUAAUCAUUGUGAAAGUGAGGAGGAGGGAGUACGCAAUGUGGUCGCUGAAUGCCUUGGUAAAAUUGCUCUCAUUGAGCCCAAUAAACUUGUCCCUGCACUAAAGAUGCGAAUUACAAGUCCUGCUGGAUUCACUAGGGCCACUGCCAUCAUUGCCAUUAAGUAUUCUCUGGUGGAAAGGCCUGAAAAAAUAGACGAGAUACUGCAUCCUGAAAUCUCUUCAUUUCUGUUGCUAAUUAAGGAUCAAGAUUGGCAUGUUAGACGUGCAGCUGUUUUGGCUUUAAGUACAGCUGCCCAUAAUAAGCCAAAUCUCAUCAAAGGGCUUUUGCCGGAAAUGCUGCCUCUUCUAUAUGAUCAGACUGUGGUUAAGCAAGAGUUGAUUAGAACAGUUGAUUUGGGUCCAUUUAAGCAUGUUGUAGAUGAUGGUCUUGAACUAAGAAAAGCAGCUUUUGAAUGUGUUGACACUUUGUUGGACCAUUGCCUCGAUCAAGUCAAUCCAGCUUCCUUUAUUAUCCCCCAUCUAAAAUCUGGUCUGGAUGAUCAUUAUGAUGUUAAAAUGCCGUGCCACCUUAUCCUUUCUAAACUCGCAGACAAGUGUCCAUCUGCUGUAUUGGCAGUCUUGGAUUCGUUGGUGGACCCUCUUCAGAAGACUAUUAAUUUUAAGCCAAAGCAAGAUGCUGUGAAGCAAGAGAUAGAUCGUAAUGAGGACAUGAUAAGGAGUGCUCUUAGAGCAAUUGCAUCUUUGAAUCGCAUUAGUGGUGGUGAUUGCAGCAUUAGGUUCAAGAACCUCAUGAAUGAAAUUUCGAAAUCCCCUACACUAUGGGAAAAAUAUCACUCCAUCCGCAACGAGUGAUGGCAUGUGUAGCAUUCUGGCCGCAUACAACUGAGCUGCAUGAUAAGCACUCAACAGGAUAUUGCUUCAAUGAACUUGCUGCUAGGCGCAAAAGAAGGGAUGCAACUGGAAGCCCAUAUGAUGUUUGGACUCGAUGCGACAUGAAUUUCGAAGAGUUGUAGGAAGAUACAAAACUAACGGCCUUUGAGUAGGAAAUGUUUUGUACAGACAGGCAUAUUCCUUGACACUAUUGAUAGUUUGGUUCUGUAGGAUUAUUGUUUCCUUUAUAAUUUUUUAAUAGCACCGGACGUCUAUACAUUUCUGCCUGAAGCAAUAUGCUGUUCAUUUGCAGAUAGAGCAUUAUUCAAUCCUGGCCUGUGCUGGAGAUUUUGCUUGAGUUGCAGUUUCUGCAGGUUCAUGCUGAACAUGCAUAUAAUUUUUAUCUAUACUUUUUAAAUGGCUACUUCCUGCUUAGGGUUAUUGUCUUGUACGUCUAUACCUUAAUGUUCUUGAGAUAAUCAUUAACCUUAAAUCAUAUAGCUGUACAUGUAUUAUGUUGUGCUUCCUUAAGAAAUUGAUUUUUAGUAAGGCUUGAUAGUU